CCAACAACAGCUGUGGUAUUCUGAUUGGCCGAGCCUUGAGAAGGGGGUGGAGCAGUGCGACUUCUGAUAUUUUUCCUCCCUACCUAGAACAGACCUCUCAGUGAGAGCAGAGCCAACGACACGGUAACAUUACAGACUCUAAUGUACAGUGUAGAAUUACCCUGCCACACAAAAAGAGAAAGGAAAAUAUGAAAAAAUAUCACCACCAGAUGGACUUUAUGAGUCUUUCAGCCAGAAGAAAAGUGAAUAUAUAAAAGGACAUUUUCGUUUCCCUUAUACUGCUCUCUUCAGCCCUUUGUGCUUGAGCUUGAACAGGAACACAACAGCCCCAGGAGAAAAGCAGCACAAGAGAGGAAGCAAAACGUGACAGCUGGAAGAAGACGGAUGUGUGCGGAGGAUGAGUCCGGCCUUGGAAGCGUUGAUGGAGGGGUGUAGAUACCCAGGCAAAGAGCCGCUGAAAGGAGGAGUGAUGCUUGAGCCAUUCGUUCAUCAGGUCGGAGGCCAUUCGUGUGUGCUACGCUUCGGGGAUCAGACCAUCUGUAAACCACUAAUCCCCCGCGAGCACCAGUUUUACAAGAGUCUUCCGCCGGAGAUCCGCAGGUUCACACCACAGUACAAAGGGGUGGUAUCAGUCAGUUUUGAAGAGGAUGAGGAAGGGAACCUAUGCUUAAUAGCAUACCCUCUACACAGUGAUUCAUCUGACCUAGAGAACAAGGAACCCUUAGCCGAUGGAGAACCUAAGAACAAGGUUGUGAAGUGGGGGAAGAAGAAACCAUCUGGUCUUCUGGAAAAUGAGCGAGCAAGACAGAGCCGCAAAGAGGAGAAGAGUAAAAGUAAUCGUGAGGACAAGGCGGAGGUGUUGUACUACAGCCUGGAGAAAGGGAACGUGGCGUCCCAGAUCAAACACAACCCCUGGAGUCUACAGUGCCACCAGCAGCAUCUCCAAAGGAUGAAGGAGAAUUCCAAACACAGAAACCAGCACAAGUUUAUUCUGUUGGAAAACCUCACGUGGCGAUAUCGGGUUCCAUGUGUUCUGGAUCUAAAGAUGGGAACUCAGCAGCAUGGGGAUGAUGCAUCAGAGGAAAAGAAAGCCAAUCAAAUCCGUAAAUGCCAACAGAGCACAUCCUCCGCAAUAGGAGUCCGCCUCUGUGGGAUGCAGGUGUAUCACAGUACAACCGGACAGCUGAUUUUUAUGAAUAAGUACCAUGGGCGUAAGCUGAGUCUGGCAGGAUUUAAAGAAGCUCUGUGUCAGUUCUUCAGCGAUGGCCGGGUUCUCCGCAGAGAGCUUUUCUCAGCCGUCCUCCAGAGGCUGAAGGAAAUGCGUGCGGUUCUGGAGGCCUGCGAGAGCUAUCGCUUUUUCUCCUCCUCUCUUCUCAUUAUUUAUGACGGAGCACCUCUGCCGGCUCCUAGAUCCCGCCCCUCUCGGGGAGGAGAGGAAGAGGAUGAGGAAGACGAUGAAGAUGAUGAGGAGGAAGAAGGUGCAAAUGGUGGGCGUUCCCAGAGCAGAGACAGUUCCACCAGCUCGUGUUCUGGUUCCCCAUUAGUGGACGUAAGGAUGAUCGAUUUUGCUCACACAACAUGUCGCGAUUACGGAGAGGACACUGUAGUUCAUGAAGGUGGAGACAGUGGUUACAUCUUUGGCCUUCAGAAUCUUAUUAGCAUUCUAUCCCAGCUUGAGGAGCACAGUAAUGAUUAAACACAUACAUACACACUAGUGUUGUGUUACUACAGCAACAGCCAUGCCAGGCUUACUGUGGAAGCCCUGACAAUGCUAACAGGGUUGAUGGCCAUAUUUGGAUCACCCUGCAGAGCUUUUCCCAUGCCUGAGGAGGAGUGGCCACAGGGCAUGGAGUGUCAGUGGCCUUCAGGAGCUGAAGGGACUGGAACUACUCACAAUCUAGUUUGUUUUGUGAUAUCUCACUAUGGUGAAAGAGUGUGGUCCCUCUCUCCUUCAGUCGUUUCCAGUCUCUCUCUUUAUUAAGAAGAAAAGAUGGAGGAAGCCCCGUGUUCGGGAUUGUUCCCUACUGCUGUGUUUUUAAUGGUUCUCCCUCUGUGAAUGAGAGAGAAAGGAGUAGUUUCAAGAACUAUUUGAGGGAAAGAGACAAUUUUUGGGAACAAAUUGUUCUCACAGUUUUUACACACAAACAUACUUUGAUGGGGAAUUUAUUUGUAGCAGCUGUUAAAGACAUUUUUCUUUUUUUUUGGACUGGGUAGCACAAAUGUAACUACAAAAUGAUACUUAAUAAACAAAAGUGAACAUUAAGGUGCUUUACAAAGACCAAGAGACAAAGAGACAUAGAGAAGAGACUUUUACAAACAUCAUGAAGGGGACGAGAGUGUCUUGUGGGACAAACGAUCAUAUGGACAACAUUUUUGCUGAGACCAUGGUCAAGGAUAACAUUGGAUGAUUUGCAACUUUUUGGUUCUUCCUCUUCAUUCCAUAGUUUAUUAGAUAUGAUAUAAGCAGAGAACUUUAUUUAUUGAGUAGAAUAUUUCUAUUCAACACAAGGUGAUCCUAAUGGAUUAAAUGACAUCCAUCACAGUGUACUGUUAUGACAAGUUAUUUAUAAGAACCAAUUUUAAUGUCACAGUUUUCACUGUUUUCUUUCUCUGUUCAACAGUAUGAAACUAAAUAAAGAAUUCUGUUUUGGCUGUGAUAAAAAACACUGCAGAAAGUGUAUUGUCUUGCAUG